UGCAUCAGUCACCUAAUCAAAUCAAACUGUCGGCGUUGCACUCACUGGACAGGAAAAUACACAUACGAGGUUACAAACUACAAAGAAACCAUCAUUUAUUCGUUGAACAUACCAAGCGGAACACCACAUGGCUUCAGGAGGAGAGAGCCUGCCUGUUACGUGAAUGCAGUAAGAAGCCAAGAUCGAAAAAUGAUCUAUCCACAGCGAUUUUAAAGCAGAAGACCAGGCCCAACCGGUUGGUUGUGGAUGAAUCUCUCAAUGAGGACAACAGUGUGGUUUCUCUGUCUCAGGCAAAGAUGGAUGAGUUGCAGCUGUUCAGGGGAGACACAGUGCUGAUGAAAGGAAAGAAGAGACGGGAGACGGUAUGCAUCGUGCUCUCUGAUGACACCUGCUCCGACGAGAAGGUCCGCAUGAACAGAGUGGUCCGCAACAACCUGAGAGUCCGCCUGGGAGAUGUCAUCAGUAUUCAGCCCUGCCCAGAUGUGAAGUACGGGAAACGGAUCCAUGUUCUGCCCAUCGAUGACACUGUAGAAGGGAUCACAGGGAACCUGUUUGAGGUCUACCUCAAGCCCUACUUCCUGGAGGCCUACAGGCCCAUCAGGAAAGGGGACAUUUUCCUGGUGAGGGGAGGCAUGCGUGCGGUGGAGUUCAAGGUAGUGGAGACUGAUCCCAACCCCUACUGCAUCGUGGCCCCAGACACUGUCAUCCACUGUGAGGGCGAGCCCAUCAAACGAGAGGAUGAGGAGGAGUCUCUGAAUGAGGUUGGCUAUGAUGACAUUGGGGGUGUGAGGAAGCAGCUGGCCCAGAUUAAGGAGAUGGUGGAGCUGCCCCUGAGACACCCAGCACUGUUCAAGGCCAUCGGCGUCAAGCCUCCAAGGGGUAUCCUGCUGUAUGGACCCCCUGGAACAGGAAAGACACUGAUUGCACGUGCCGUGGCCAACGAGACCGGAGCCUUCUUUUUCCUUAUCAAUGGGCCUGAGAUCAUGAGUAAACUGGCUGGAGAUUCUGAGAGUAACCUGAGGAAGGCCUUUGAGGAGGCUGAAAAGAAUGCCCCUGCCAUCAUCUUCAUUGACGAGCUGGACGCCAUUGCACCAAAAAGAGAAAAGACACACGGUGAGGUGGAGAGGCGCAUUGUGUCCCAGCUCCUCACACUCAUGGAUGGCCUAAAGCAGCGUGCUCACGUCAUCGUCAUGGCAGCCACCAACAGGCCCAACAGCAUUGACCCCGCCCUGAGGAGAUUUGGGCGUUUUGACAGGGAGGUGGACAUCGGCAUCCCUGAUGCCACAGGCAGACUGGAGAUCCUCCAGAUACACACCAAGAACAUGAAACUGUCCGACGACGUGGACCUCGAGCAGGUUGCCAAUCAGACUCAUGGCCAUGUGGGUGCUGACCUGGCCGCUCUGUGCUCUGAAGCCGCCCUGCAGGCCAUCAGGAAGAAGAUGGAUCUCAUCGACCUGGAGGACGAAACCAUUGACGCAGAGGUCAUGAGCUCCCUGGCUGUCACCAUGGAUGACUUCAGAUGGGCUCUAAGCCAGAGCAACCCUUCAGCCCUGAGAGAGACGGUGGUUGAGGUGCCCAACAUCAGCUGGGAGGACAUCGGAGGUCUGGAGGACGUCAAGAGGGAACUCCAGGAGCUUGUACAGUACCCAGUGGAGCACCCAGACAAGUUCUUGAAGUUCGGCAUGACCCCGUCCAAGGGCGUGCUGUUCUACGGGCCCCCAGGUUGUGGUAAGACCCUGCUGGCCAAAGCUAUCGCCAACGAGUGCCAGGCCAACUUCAUCUCCAUCAAAGGUCCUGAGCUGCUCACCAUGUGGUUCGGAGAGUCCGAGGCCAACGUCCGCGAGAUCUUCGACAAGGCUCGCCAGGCCGCCCCCUGCGUGCUUUUCUUUGACGAGCUGGACUCCAUCGCCAAGGCACGUGGGGGUAACGUGGGUGAUGGUGGCGGAGCGGCCGACCGUGUCAUCAACCAGAUCCUGACAGAAAUGGACGGCAUGUCCAGCAAGAAGAACGUCUUCAUCAUCGGUGCCACCAACAGGCCUGAUAUCAUCGACCCGGCCAUCCUGAGGCCCGGAAGACUGGACCAGCUCAUCUACAUCCCCCUGCCAGAUGAAAAGUCCCGCAUCAACAUCCUAAACGCCAACCUCAGGAAGUCACCAAUCGCCAAGGAUGUGGACUUGGAUUUCCUGGCCAAGAUGACCAAUGGUUUCUCUGGCGCUGACCUGACAGAGAUCUGCCAGAGGGCCUGUAAGAUGGCCAUCAGGGAGUCCAUUGAGAAUGAGAUCAGGAGGGAGAGAGAGCGUCAGACCAACCCCUUAGCCAUGGAGGUUGAGGAGGAUGACCCUGUCCCAGAGAUCCGUAAAGACCACUUUGAGGAGGCCAUGCGUUUCGCCCGCCGCUCAGUCAGCGACAACGACAUCCGCAAAUACGAGAUGUUCGCACAGACAUUACAGCAGAGCAGAGGCUUCGGCAGCUUCCGGUUCCCCACUAGCUCUGUGCCAGGCGCUGGGCCCAGCCAGGGCUCCGCUGGUGGUAGCGGUGGUACAGUCUUCAAUGAGGACAACGACGACGACCUCUAUGGUUAAACCGCACUGUGGACCAACACACAACCACUCGGUGGACCAAAGUUUCCUCACAUACAUUCUGGCAAAGCUGUAUAAUGCCGCAACACACACAUCUAAUACCACAACUAAAACUAAAAAAAGCCUAUUUAAUAUUAUUUACAAACUUCUCUCACCACCCUUUAAUAGUUAGAGACCGACCGCAUGUUGCAGCUUGUCUGUAUUCUGGCUUUGGGAGACGUAUUAAUUUCAAACCUUGUAAGGAUUUACACAGAAGGCUGUGGGGGAUUGGGUAGAGUACAUCUGCCUUCUUACUAGCCACUAUUGACGAUUCAAUACAUUACAUUUACAUUUACAUUUAAGUCAUUUAGCAGACGCUCUUAUCCAGAGCGACUUACAAAUUGGUGCAUUCACCUUAUGACAUCCAGUGGGACAGUCACUUAACA